AUGUUCUUCACCGUAUCUAUGAUAGCCAUUAUUUGGCUCAAUCUUCUACAUUGCAUCGCUUCUGAUAAAAAUGAUACUUUCCAUCUACUUAAUCUCGACACCGGUGAUGAAAUCUUCACAAAUAAUACUUAUUCUGGCAUCUCAGACAAUUUUGAUACCCUUGAUUACAACAAUUUUGAGCCAUUGUUUGGCUCAGAAUUUCCGUCUGAUCCUUCGCAGUUCAUUGAUUUCGCUCAGUUGAGUGAAAUUGAGGAUAUAAGCAGUAAAGAAUCAAAACGCGAAGCUGAUCAGAUUACAGAUACUUCUUAUCCUGGCUUUUCACAUAGCUAUGAUUUCAUCGGCCACACUAAUUUGGAGUCAUCACUUGGCUCAGAUAUGGAUUCAUACAGGAAUGUGUGGAGAGAGGGUAAUGGAGAAAUAAAAACGAAUGAUGAUAAAGUGCCACAUCUUUCUAUUAGAGAUGCUGAAAAUAAAACUUUUUCGCCGCUUAAUCUCAACAGCGAUGACAUUGUCACAUAUAUGCACUUUCCUGAUUCACAGCAAAAUGCUAUUCCGAUCUAUUUUCAACAACUUACUCUUUCCUCGGACGACACAUCCGGUCAACAUGGAGCUGCUGAACAGAGCAACAUCGAUAACAUCCUAGACCACAGGGGAAAUACUGAUGGUGAAUCAAAAACAGAUAAGAGAAAUUAUAGUUGUCAUUAUCGCGGCAAGAAGAAUGUACUGCAAAAUCAUAACAAGUACUACGGCGCACAUCACAAACGAAGCUUUGAAUGCCUUUAUCCCGGGUGUACUAUGACCACGAAAAGUCUCAACGAAUAUAGAGCACAUGGGAAAACACACGGUCAACCAUUCAUCUAUGAAUGCAAAGUGCCCGGUUGUGGGCGGACAUACGAUAUUGUAGCAUCACUUUACAGUCACAAGCGAACUCAUGAACCUCAUCCCUCAUGCGAGUGCUGUGGCAAAUUCUUCGCCACCAGGAAGCUACUGAAUUGUCAUAAGAAGCUCUGCCCAACAACACUUCGCGAACAAAGCUACGAAUGUCAUUAUCCCGGAUGUGCUGUAAUCGCGAAAGGUUAUAACGAAUAUUUAGCACACAGAAAAACACACGGUCAACCCUUCAUCUAUGAAUGCAAAGUGCCCGGUUGUGGACAGACAUUCGAUUAUAUACCAUCAUUUUGUGCUCAUAAACAAACGCAUCAAACUCAUCUUCAGUGUGCGUACUGUGGCAAACUCUUUUCCUCUGUGACCACACUGAAAUCUCACAAGAAGUUAUGCUCCAGAGCUCCUCGUUAG